CCCCAGCCAUGCACCGGUGAUAGCCAGAGGCAGGGCCCCUUCUCCCUCGGGGCCCUGAGGAGAACAGUUGGCUGGAAGGCAGGCACUGAGCCCAGGUAGUGUCUGUGUGGACCAGGCGAGUAUGACCUCAUGGCUGCCCCGAGGUGGUCAGGGCCCUCCCAGCAGCCAGGCCCACCCUGGGCAGUCCCCCACGUGGCCCAGUCUGUCGACAUUGAGGAGCUAGGCCCCUGGGGGAAGUCCUGCAGGCUGCCAAUGUGGUCCACAGGCCAGGAGGUCAGGGAUGGGGACAGCUCCGUGUCAUCAGGCCGCCUCUCUGGCUCCUCUGGGGGUCACGAGGCAUGUGUGCCUCUCCACGGGUCCUGGAAGGAGAGGCCGCCCCAGAUUUUGGGGCCCCAGCGGCAGCCCAGAAAGAGCGACCCACGGCUGGAGAAGCUGAGGGACAAGAUCCGGGCGCAGGUGCAGUGGCAGGGUAGCUGUGCCUCCUUGGGCUCUUCGGCACCCUCCAGCGCCUCGGGCCUCUGCAAAGCUUCCUUGCAGGUGCUCAGGAGGAAGACCCACAAGAUGACAAACAUCCUUCCAGCAACCCAGCACUCAGGCUUCAGUGUCUUGAGUGCGGCUGAGCACAGAGCUGAAGACAAGGCGUCACCCCGCCAGGGCCAUGAGCACUCCAGGGCCUCCCUGAACCAGGCAUCAGCAGAAUUUCUAAGGGCAAAACCCAAAAGUAGCACAAGCAGCUCUUGCAAGAGAGAGAAGGGCCCUGCGUCACUGUCCCCCAGGAGAGCUGCCACAGACAAAGAAGAUGAUAAGGAUUCUGAGUUGGUUGGUGUUUAUGCCUGGAGAAAUGGACAAGCUCUGGUGAGGAUGCUGCUUGGGCCCCCUCCCAUCCUCCCCAGGCUCCAGAGCAAGGCAUUCUCAAGAGACCCGGCCCUUACUGUGGAAUUAGGGGACAGCAGGAAAGCUGUGGCUGCCAACCGCUCGCCUGUCCGUGCCCAGCCACCCUGUCCUGUCUCUGCCAGCAGCAACCUGCAGAUGUCUGAGAACACACCCAGCCUGGCUUCAUGUGACCAGCCAGUGACAAUCCACACCGCUAUGGCCAUCCUACGAGACCUCCGCCAACAAAUUCAGGCUGGGCUAGAGCGGGCCCGGGGCCCCAAGGGAGCACGGGAGCAUGGGCGGUGGAAGGCAAGCUCGCAGGAUGUGGCUUGGAAGGCUUCGCAGGGUCCCCAGAGUGCCCCAGAGUCACAGAGCUCCUUCAGCAAGAGUCUUUGGAACAUGACAGAGGCGAAGCCUUCCUCUCUAGAGAGGGCUAAGAGCCUGGGCUCCUGGCAGUCCUGGAGUUCAUCGGCCAAGUGGGCAUCCAGUUCGCAGACAGCCUGGGCAGCCCCAGGACAGAACCCCUCCUCCCGGAGACCUGGCGUCUCAAAGCAAUCUUGGAGCGCAUCAGCUGGGCAGGUCUCUAGUGCACAGAGGUCCUGGGUGUCCCCAGGACAGAACCCCUCCUCCUGGAGACCUGGCCUCUCAAAGCAAUCUUGGAGCACAUCAGCUGGGCAGGCCUCUAGUACACAGAGGUCCUGGGCGUCCCCAGGACAGAACCCCUCCUUUCAGAGAUCUGAGAGCCCUUCUGAGAGGUUGGGGUCCUCUCAGCAACCCUGGAGAGUUUCGGCUGAACCGCCUUCCUGUCCGCAGAGGGUCUGGACACCCCCAGGAUGCCAUCCCUCCUUCCAAAGGCCUGGGAGCCCCCAGCGGCCCUGGAGUGCCUCUGCGGGGCAGGCCUGUCCUCAGAGGACCUGGGCAUCUUUCGAAGACUGGGAGGCCCUGGGCCCCAGACCGUGGAGCCCUCUGGAAAGGCCGAACCCUCGUGCCCAGCAUUCCUGGAGCACCUCCUUCACACAGAGGGCUGGAGCCCCAUGCAGGGGCAGAAGCGCCAACUCCCCUCCCUUGGGAGCCAGGCCUGCCUGGACAAGGCCCUCCCAGAGUGUCCCACAGCACCCACUUGGAAAGAAGGACGGGCCGAGGCCCCGAGGGUUCCUGGGACACCAGCACAGCUCUGAGUCCUUGCGAGAGUUCAUGAGGCAAAAGGCACAAGCGCGGAGGCGGCAGGCCCAGGAGGAGAAGGCCUUGGCUGCGCGGGUGCAGGAGCAGAGGAAACAGAGGCUGCAGGAGGUCUACAAGAAGCAGAGGGAGGCUGUCCUGGGCAAAGCCGUCCGUGUGGUUUCCCAGACCACCCCUGGCAUCGUGACCUUUGUUCCCAGUUCUGCACAGUCUGGGGUACGUACCAGGGUAGGUGAGAGUGGGGCCCUGGAGUCAGUGGUGCCGGAGUGGAGCAAGGUGACAUCCGGCAUGGUGCUGGGAGACCAGGAGACCCCAAGCAGCUUCUGCCUGUGUUUAAACAGAGCCGGGAGCCAUGCUGAGACCCUGGAUCCCCCUAAGACACGAAGCCCCCAGGAUGGCUGGGACGGGGCCCCCGUGCUGCUGCCAACUGCUUCUUCCCUGGGCUGUGAGGAGCUCCAGGACCUGACUGCUCGCUACACGCCGAAGGGGCUGUGCAUCUACUUGGACCCCCAGGAGGUGGAUUUCCUGGGCUCUUCCAGGCCCCUGCACAUGCAGCAUAAGCAGGCGCGGCUGCGGGCGCUGGAGACCACAGCCAACACCCUCAAGCAGCGCAUCGACAGCCUCACUGCCAAACUGCACAGGUCUGAGGAGCUGGACACCGCCUCAGACCCAGCCUUGGACCUGCUGCCCUCGCACCCCAGCACUGUGCCCGCUGCCCCCACGCUCACCAUCCCAGCCUGCUCUGGAGCCUUGAUGCCCAAUGGGGGCAGAAGGGCAUCCCAGGACUGGGUGGACGUGCAGGUCCAGCCCCUCCCACCCACCACCUAUUUCCUGGAUGGUGACACACUGUCGUGGAGCCCCAGCUGGGAGCAGCGGCAGAACCAGAGCCCAUGGGCCCAGGCCAAGAAGCCCCAAGGGCUCAUGAAGGAGGAGCAUGUGAAGCUGGACAAGUGGCUACAGAGGACCGUAGCCCCCUUCCAGAGCCUCAGCACGUUUGCAGGGAGCUCGCUUGGGGCACCAGCCACAUCCAGCCCCACCCGGAGCUCCCUGCUGCUGGAGGAGCUGCCACCGGCCAGAAGGGCAGGCUCUGUGAAGCCCUGGAGAGUGCAGAGCUGUGGUAAGGGCGAGCCUGAGGACAGGCCCUGGGCUGGCUGGUCGGGUGGCCAGGGAGGUCCACUGGGGACCCCCUCAACUGCCUAG